AUGGACGCCCACCGAAGACAGCAACCACCUUCGGAUGAGCGCACGCCUCUGAUCACCGAUCUUGAAAAUGCUGAAGCAUCGGGUUCUACUCCUUCGGGGAAUAGGAAUGAUGCGCAAGGUAAGGUUCCGACCAGGAUAGCUUAUCGCCUGUACACAUCACACUUCCUGUCAACCUGGAAUUCCCGCGUCUUUGAAUUUGGGGCCGUACUGUAUUUGGCCUCGAUUUUUCCAGGAACGCUGCUGCCUAUGUCUGCCUAUGCGCUCUCUCGUGGACUGGCAGCGAUCAUCUUCGCCCCGGCAGUGGGACACUACAUCGAUGUCGGCAACCGUUUGCAGGUCGUUCGGCUUUCAAUCGUAUUACAACGCCUUGUUGUGGCUGCAUCGUGCGUGAUCUUCUAUCUGCUAGCGAUCGGCCUUCCAAUGAAACGAGCGGUCAGAACUUGCUUGCUGGUAAUUCUUACGCUGUUGGCUUGCUUUGAGAAGCUAUGCUCUGUAUUGAAUUUGAUCUCUGUAGAGAAAGAUUGGGUCGUGGUCGUUGCCGGAGAAGAUUAUGAAUGCCUCAGGAGUGCGUUGUACAAAUUCAAAAGAUUCAUAAUUGAUUGGCCAUUCCAUGCUAAAUUGCCAUUCAACACAGCGAUGAACGCCCAAAUGAGGCGAAUUGACUUGGUCUGCAAACUAAUUGGGCCUCUUUUCAUCGCUCUUAUCGAUGGCAUGUCAGCAGAGGCCGCUAUUCUCGUCAAUCUCGGGAUGAAUGUCUGUUCGGUCAUGGUGGAGUACUUCUCGAUCGCCAAGGUGUAUUAUGAAGUGCCAGAACUACAAGAAACGAAACCCUCCUCGCCGAGAUUCCGAACGGUAGAACAAGCUCAGCAAAGAAUUUCUGAACGGGUCUGGAGAGCUUGCUGUCAAGGUGUUUGGCAAACUUUGGAAAACUUUGGUUUUUAUUUUCGGCAUCAAGUGUUCCUCCCGUCCUUUGCUGGGGCGUUGCUUUACUUGACAGUUUUGUCAUUUGCGGGACAGAUGGUCACUUGGCUUCUGUCAGCAGGCUAUGGUUCGACGCAGAUCGCAGUUGCAAGAACAUUGUCUGUCGUGUUUGAGGUGUUGGCCACCUGGGUUGCGCCUUGGCUGAUGGGGAAAAUCGGGCCCACUCGUGCUGGUAUCUGGCUAGCGAGUUGGCAGAUUACAUGCCUAGCAGGUGGCAUGGCUAUUUUUUGGACUUAUGCUAACCAACCUCUAAUAUCAGCAUCGGGUCUCGUAGGGGGUACAAUUCUCAGCCGGCUAGGCUUGCGGGGGUUUGAUUCAUGUGCACAGAUUCUUAUCCAGGAAGGUGUUGCAGCUGAGGCGCGAGGCUCUUUUUCGUCGAUCGAAGCUGCUUGGCAGAACCUAUUCGAGAUUUGCUCUUAUGUCUCCACGAUCGUUUUCUCACGUCCGGAUCAGUUCAAGUGGCCGGCCCUUAUCAGUGUGAUUGCUGCUGGAUUCGCUGGUCUGCUGUACGCGAUAUUCGUACGGAUUCAAAGGGGACACUUGAUACACCUGCCGAAGUGUAUAUCUCCCGAGCGCCUGCAGCGCUCAAGGGAACGGGGUCUGGACAGGAUCUUCUCGUCUGACUUUUAG